AUGCGUCUGAGCUGCGUCCUGUGCUUCUUGGCAAUGUGCCACUUCGCCUAUGGUUCAGGCAAUCUAAACCUCUUCGGACUAGGAUGCACAAAAACAUGGACUAUACCCCUUUUACAAUGCAUGUAUGUUUGUCAACAUGGAGAAUGGGGAUUCCUGCGGAUUCCACGAUUCACUGUAGAGCAAACAACCAUCGGAACAAGCUGUAAGGUGGGUACAAUCAUUUCUAGUAUAAAACCUCAAGCUGUGAUUCAAGGUCCGGUUUAUGGUAGUUGA